UAAUAUUACACUAAUCUCUCAAUGAAACCAUGACUGAAUACAUUCUACAACAAUUUUCUGCAGUGGUCAAGAACUUCCUUCAAAUAUUCAAGGACCCGUCGAACGAUCCGCCAGAUCCGCUCCCUCCCAACAUCCAAACCUUUUUUCCCACUCACUCCAAUGACCGAACCAAUGCCAUUUUCUGGACCGGCGAGGUUCUUAGUCUGCAUCUUGUCAUUUCGAAAGAGUCCACAUUCCUGCAAAAACUUCAACACUGCAAAAUUUUGCAAUCACCAGCUCACGAAUUCCUUGUUGCGUACUUCAUCACAGAGAUAGACGGCACAAGCUACGAAAUGGGGGUAACAUUAGAUCGCCAUCCAGCAGCGCUGACCGGUUUUGAUAUCGCUCACUGCCCAUCCAAAUUCCCAUUAGCUUCCACGCCCUCUUCCGGUGACGCCAUGCAAGAUACGGGAAAGAGCGGUGGACAUUAUCUCCGAGCCAUACACAAUGUCAUGAUGCCUGAAUUUGGAACAUGGCGUGGACUCGAGCGCAUAGCUGGAGAAGCGUAUGGACCAUACAAGGUUCUCAAUACCGUCGAAGAUACACUCAUGUUAGCAGCACAAUUCGCUACGCUCAUCGAGGUCAUCGAGGAUUUUGCACCUAUGUACACACCAAUGUACCAGUGUUUGUGGUUCGCCAUGUUUUUCUUUUCCAUGGUCAGGGACGAAACAGGUAGUAAAGAAUAUCCCUGCAAGGAUAUAGAUGAACCGGGCAAGCAAUUAGGCGUGAUAGAGGCUUCGCUUGAUCCUUGUGAUGAUGAGGAGACAGUGAGUUAUCACUAUCGUCGGAGAAUUACUCAACUUUGAUGCUCCAGCGAGCCCUAUCCCAGUUUCGUGGAAGUUGUCUUUUUCAU